UCUCGAAAUGCCCCUGAGGCAGCACCCCGAGGCUGAGGCGCACCGUCUAGGGCCCUGCUCCUUGUUUACGAUUACAUCAGAGCCCGCUGAACGAUGAUGUUGAUUAUCUUUGUGUGGUCUGGAUCCAGUGAAUACAUGUGAGAAACAAGGACACUACAUUUAGAUGAGAUGUAGAGUGAAAAUUGUUGGAGAAAAGCACGUUUAAGAAGAGUUUUCAGCUCUUCUCAGCUCCUUCUUGCGUAUUCUGCGUUUUUGCGCAAGUCAUAGCACACAUAUCCCAUUUAGCGUCACCAUUUGACGUUUUUUUUCCUAUGUACUGGACACGUGGUGCUUAUAAUAAAUAUGAUCCACAGCAGUAUGUGCUUUACACACCAGGCACACUAAUAAGUGGAUGUAAUCUUUUGAUGUUCUGUGCUGAGGCGUUUGUUUUCUUCUUAAAUGUCAGUGUAGUUCUGAUUGGCAGGAUGCUGAGCCUCUUCAGACACCUGUUGUUGCGUCUCCUUAAAGCGCCGCAGAGCUCUGCCGCAUCAUCAGCGGCGGCUGCAUCCUUUACCAGGACGCAGAGGCACAAAGGCUUUUGUUGUGUAACUAAUUGAGGGCUUUGCCGUCGCUGUGGGCAAAUACGCAUUCAGGGCUGCGUUUGUGUGGUUAUGUUCAUUAAGACAUUCCUGCACGGAUUGGGGCAACGAAGAGCGAGGGGGGCUUUACAUAAUAAAGUGCACGCUUUUCACGUGAAAUGCCCCUUUAAAAGCGGACUCUCUUUGGUCACACAGAGGCGCGUCGUAAAGGCUCGGACAGCGAGGAGUGUAAAGACUGUGUAACAGCUGCACUUUGUUGCGUCAAAUCGGCUUCAGGAUGGUCUCGUCUUACCCUUUACCGGAGGGCUUCUCCGAGUUCGAUGUGUUCUCCCUGGGAUCUUGUCUGCUGGUGGAGGGUCUGCUGGGAUUCCUUUUAAAUGCGGUGACAGUUGUCGCUUUCUUCAAAGUGAGACAGCUGAGGACCCCCAGCAAUUUCCUAGUGUUCAGCUUAGCGUUGGCUGACAUGGGCAUCUGCAUGAACGCCACCAUCGCCGCUUUCUCCAGCUUCCUGAGGUACUGGCCUUAUGGAUCUGAAGGAUGCCAGACUCAUGGUUUCCAGGGCUUCACGACAGCUCUCGCCAGCAUCCACUUUGUAGCCGCCAUUGCCUGGGACAGAUACCACCAGUACUGCACCAGGACAAAGCUGCAGUGGAGCAGCGCCAUCACUCUAGCUGUGUUUAUCUGGCUCUUCUCUGCCUUCUGGUCUGCCAUGCCCCUCAUCGGCUGGGGAGAGUACGACUACGAGCCUCUCAGAACCUGCUGCACAUUGGACUACAGCAAGGGAGACAGAAACUAUGUGUCCUACUUGAUCCCCAUGUCCAUCUUUAACAUGGUCAUCCAGGUGUUUGUUGUCAUGUCCUCUUACCAGUCUAUUGCACAGAAAUUCAAGAAGACUGGAAACCCUAGGUUUAAUGCCAGCGCUCCUCUUAAGACAAUGCUGCUAUGCUGGGGUCCCUAUGGCAUCUUGGCUUUCUACGCUGCUGUGGAGAAUGCCAACCUGGUCUCCCCCAAGCUCAGGAUGAUGGCUCCUAUCCUGGCUAAGACUUCUCCCACCUUCAACGUAUUCCUGUAUGCUUUGGGAAAUGAGAACUACAGAGGAGGCAUCUGGCAGUUACUCACCGGGGAAAAGAUUGAGGCCCCUCAAAUUGAGAACAAGUCCAAAUAAACUAAGCAUUCAAUAAUUACACACGCUGACUGUCGUGGUGGUUUCUCACAGGUACCUUGAUGUUUCUGUCUGUCAGUGUAUGUGCACAUGUUGUGUCUUGAACAGUGGUGGCCAUUGUCCCUUGUAAACAUCUGUCCUGGAUUUGUUGUCAUUUGUUUCUGCAGUUGUAUUUCAUAAAGGAUUAAGAAAAAAAGGUGAAAUUGUAACGUUCAAGCUGCUAAAAACACAAUUUAACACUGCCAAUGCAGCAGUAGUUCAUUGUACCAUGUAUUAAAUGCACCAAAAAAAAUGGACUUGGCUGCUUCUGUAAGAAAAUUGAAUGUCAUUUCUUUCAUUCUGUACAUAGUACAUCACAAGUACACAUCUGUGAUGUCCAAAUACUUAAAAAUACAAACAGUCCUACAAAGAAAGUAAUAUAAGGAGCUUCAAACCAAAUGAUCUCGCUUAUGUUCAUCUGUGUGCUAAAGAUUAACCGUUUACCUCAAACAUCCAUGGCGCCUUACUUUUUUUUUAGCUGAAGCAUAAUAUAAAUAACUUGUCCACUGGCCAACACCUCUGUGUGCAUGCCACGGAUGUCUCGUCUCGUCAUGCUCUGUAGAGUCCUGAGUGAUCUCUGUAUCCAGAGUAGAACUACAGUAAUCCUCUAAACAAGAGGACCAUUCUUCAAAACACAGCCCCCACGACAAGUUAGAGAUUAGUCAGUGGCUGUAGAUUAACUGGGUGUGCUUGUCGCCUCCAGAUUUGGUCAUGAAAUAAAAACAGAACUCUGUGUGACAGUUAAAUGGCAUCCAAAUAAGACAGGUUAGAAUUAAUUAUUGGUAUCUAUUUGACAGCGUUAAAUGGUAUAUUUAUUGUGUAUUACCUUAAAGAAACACAGCGUUACCUUGACAUUCAUUUGAAAAUGUAUCGUAGAGUGCAGUGUUAGAUUAUACACAAUAACAUACUGGUUAUCAUAUAAUCAGAACUCUUACAGUAGGUUUCAAAAACCAAGAAGUCAGCUCUUGUGAUGUUGCCUGACUAUAGCAUAUGAGUCUAAAAGAGGAAAAUCAGAAAUGUCGUUAACAUACAGCACAGCUGAUCAGACCUGGUCAGAGUGAAGCGUGUUUCUAAAUUCAAGAACGUUGUUACAGAGCUGUUCAUCUAGAAAGCACACUUUUUGAAACACAGACAAAUACAUUCAUGCAUUAUACUAUGUUGUAUGAAUGUGAUUUAUGACAUCAUAAUGUAAACCCUCAAAAGCACAAUGAAAACAUAAUUCUCCCAUGUAAAUUUAAUAAAUAGCUUUGUGAAGUGGUUUGAAAUCCUUAAAGAUUAGUUAGCGGUGAACAUCUGGACUCCAGAUGUUAGGAGCCCAGUUUACAAUCAUCCUAUACUGUAAAAGGUAGUUUUAUAUAGAUUUUGAUGAAAUCCUGAAAACUUAAUUUAGCUGGUCUUUUUUUAAUUUGAUUAUUUUAUAUUUGUUUUUGUUUUUUUGUUUUUUGUCAGUCCAUUUGAUGUUUUCCACAAAGUAAUUAAUCUAAACUAGUAACUUGUAAAGAUCCAGAAAUUCUUGGAUAAUUAAAAAAAUAAUUAACACUGUCUUUGUCUUUUUGUCUUCAUUGUGUUAUUCAUAGUCAAAAAAUCUAACGCAUGUUAGCCAGAAUUACUAACUUAGGUAUACGUAUGUGAAAGUCUAUGAGGGAAAUAUUGUAGCAUUCGACUACAUUUGUUUGACAGUUUUAGUUACUAAUUGUUUAUUCAGAUUAUUAAUACACCAGAGAAUAA